AUGUCAACUAUUUCUGAUCAGAAGAAACGGACCUUAGAAGCCAUUCAACAACGGUAUGCAGCAGCUAAAGCUAAGAAGCUGAAAGAUGAACAGCCUAAGUGCCCGAAGAACAAAGAUAGUACCCCCAAGCCCAAGUUUGAUGCACGGAUUAAAGGAAAAACUCCCAAAUUCACUCCUUCUCGAACUUCUGCCCUGCUCCCUACAUUUAGAGCUCAAGGAAAUUCCAGUCAUCAACAAAACACUUCUGGUUCCUCAGGUGGAGAAGUCAACCCUAUAUACUCUGAGCUUUCAUUUGUUCUCCAUGAAAAUUUGUCCCAAGAUGACUAUUCGGAUCUCGACAGCACGGACAUAGUUCACAAUGUUGUAUAUGACAUAAUUCAGAAAGGUGGAGAAGCCGGAAGAAUCGCCAAGGGAUCCAAAAAGUUAAAGCUGGAUAGAGGGAUUCUUUUGGAUAACUAUGUUCAAAGGGGUCCUAUAUUAGUGGAUGCACAAUCACAGUCUUUGUUGACCCACUCAAAGCGAUCAAAAAGACACAUGUCACUGAAGCAACAUAAGAAAUGUGGGUCAUUUGAUUUACAUGAUACAUUCCGCAGAUGUGGUAUCUUUGGAGUUUAUGCAGUUUUUACAUGUGAUUCUUAUUCUUGCAGGAAAAAGCAAUUGUCUGAAAACCUCCUUUCAGCAGAUCUUCAUGGGGCCCUUAUAAUAGUGGCACAAUGCAAAGCAGCCUCAUAUCAAGGUGUAAGUGGCAUCAUGAUUCGGGACACUGCAGAGACUUUUGGAAUUAUAUCGGAGGACAACCGCUUCCGAGACCUGAUGGGAUUGCUUUCUAAGAAGCUCACUUUGAAACCUGCAGUUGUGCCGAAAGCUGGGUCAGUUUUCGUCCUCCAAGCUGAUUGCUGGAAGGUUACACUGAUCGGCGACAAACUGUCGCCAAAGGAGAAGUUGAAGGAAAGCCAGCGUCUGCAGCGUGCGCAAUCACUGAUCAGAUAG